UUUGGCUUAUAUAUAGACCCCAUUGAAAUGCUUGUUCCCUCAAACUCAUCAAAUAGCUUCUUCAUUCUCUGUUUUUUCCCUCUUUAAUUAAGUGAUUCUCAUACAAAAAUCACUUCAAACAAAACGAGCUUUAACUAGAUUGUUUCAAAUCUAGUUAAUCAUCUUUCACAAUAUAAUAUGGCUCGUUCUUUCUCUGCUGUGAAGGCUUCCAUUUCUUCUCUUAUUACCAGGCAGGGAUAUGCGACAACAGCACAAAGUGCAGUUAGGGGAGGAGCAGCCACCAUAAGCGGCGGCAAGAUGGGGCCAAAGACGAUGGAAGAGAAGGCAGCGGCUGCGGAGAAGGUGUCAUGGGUCCCAGAUCCAGUCACCGGUUACUACAAACCAGAAAACAUCAAAGAUAUUGAUGUUGCUGACCUUAGAGCUACCCUCUUGACAAAAAAGUUCAACCAUUAAAAGUUUCAUAAAAAAAAAAAAUUAUGAUUGAGGAAUUAUCUUGAGUGACAUGUAUAACCUUAUUAUAAUUAGGAGGGGUUAAGAUUUAAUUUCAUAUAUGAAUGAACCAUGCAUGAAAACUAGUUAAUUAGUUCAUGUAUGUAUGGGAAGAGAUCCAUUAUUGUAUACAUAUAUUAAUUUCUAAAUUUUUGUUGUGCCCUC